AUGGCACCGUCCAACGGCAAUCGUGUUCGGGAGCUCAGGGAUCGGAUCGAGCACUCGUCGUGGGGUAGUCUCAAUCAGGCAUCUACCGCAUGCAGCGAGCGCGAACUCGAAGUGAUCGAGAAGGGCUUAUGUAGCCGCGUCAGCGAGCUGGACCAAAGACUACAGAAGAGCACACGAUCAUCUACAACAUCCACUUCCGGACCACGCAGCGGCACGCAUGCGCACCAGAAUAUCAGAGACUCGGAUGAUGCUAGCUCAGACUCUGAUGGGGAGAAUGGAGAUAACGCUACCCAGUGUGUGGAACAGAGACAGCAGGAGCCGCCACAGCAAAUCGUCCAGCCAGACUCCGACCUCGAAAGGCGAGAGCAGGAACUUGGGUCAGCGCAGAAGAAUAGCGCGGAUAUUUCCGCAGCGCAUUACGAAUGCCAGCGCGAGAUACGGUCGCUUAAGGACAAGAUCCGAGCGCUCCAAGAGAAGAACGUCUGCCUCAAGGAGGCCGGUGCCGACCAGAAGCUACUCAUUAAGGAGACCAAAGACGAGAUUGAUGAAUUACGGAAGCAGCUUGAUGACUCCAAUGCCCGGGAGCGAGAGUUGACCAGAGAGCUGCACGAUGCGCAGCGCGCAGAGCGGAAGCUCAAAGAAGAACUUGAUGCAGCGCAUGAUCAGUCAGCAGAACGGGGUCGCGACUACGCCGGGAAACCAAAAGAGUUGGAAUCUGGGGAGCUGUUCCGCCUAGUAUCAAGACCUCACACCGGCGAGGGUGCAACCCCUGAACAGGCCGAACCUCCUUGGUUUCUUGAGAAUGCUAGCACUCGUGGCUCAUAUACUGCAUUCGUCCAGGGCAGUGAUACAAGUAAGUCAAACUGUUACCAGAAGCAAGAGCACGGGAAGUCCCACCAGGAGGCGCCUGGCAAUGACCGUCGGCAUCAAGAAUUCAGGAAGGGUCACGAGAAACAACGGGCACCAAAGAGUCGGAAACACAGAGCCCAGGUAACGGGAUUGAGACGCAGUCGAGUGGAUCCAUCAACCGUAGAAUUGAUGAUCGCUACCGCAACGUAG